AUGGAAACACUUCAAGAGACAGCCCGCGUCGUCACAUCUAAGCCUGUUCAACGAGCUGUUGUUAACACUGUCCUCCUCGUCUCGACAGCCGCAACUCUCUUUUGUACUGCUGCAAUUGCUUCGGUGCUAUUCUUUCAGAAUUUCCUGCCUCAUGAGGUUGUCACUUUGCCGGUGCAUCUUCAAUAUGGCUCUGGAAUUAACCCAUAUGGAAUUGCAUCGCUCCAAACGCCGCCCAUGAAAACGCAGCAAGAGUAUGAUGUGUCGCUAUUACUAUCCAUGCCGCGCUCGGUCCCAAACGUGGAGCGCGGUAACUUUAUGAUCAGCCUGCACAUGCUCGGCGCCAAAGCUGACGUUUGGCUCCACGCUCAGGCCGAACAGCAUGCGUCGUCACACGAAGGUUUUGGACAAGCCAAUGUAUUGUUCAGUUCCCGCAGGCCUGCUCUGUUCCCUUACGUUGAUCCGCUCGUGUCUGUAGCAUCCCGUGUCCUGUUUCUGAUUUACCACCUGUUUACCCCGGGAUCGAGCAUCAACUCUGUCAUCAUCCCAUUGGCCGAGCGAGUCUCCUUCUCAAAGGAUUCGUUGUUACCCAAGUCGGCAUACAUUGAGGUGGAGGCAGGACAGACGAUCCAGGUGUACAAUGCCUACCUGCAGCUCACAGCUCAACUUCGCGGGCUUCGCUGGAUGAUGGUUCACUAUCGUAUUUCAACAUUCCUGGCUUUAACCGUUGUUUUCUGGGCCUUUGAAGUUAUCUUCAUGGGUGUGGCGUGGGGAAUAUGGAGCGUUGCCUCAGGGCCACCUGGAAAAGACGAUGCCAAAAUCAGGAGGCUCAAGGGUUUGAGGGAUGACCACGAAGACGAGCUCACAGACCACGAAGAGACCUUUCCCACGUAUGGCAAGCAACAGCCUCUCAAGUACGAGCCGGACAUCAAACCAGAACAGGAUCCCGAACAGCCCCUGUCGGAAAUUCCUCGACCAGGAGCUGAUGCUGAUGAUGAAGACGAUGGGAGUUUUGACGACAAGGACGAGGAGGAUGUGCAACACAGGGACUCGGGUAUUGGCACGAGCUAUAGCGAGGAAGGUACUUUGAGUAUUCGACGGCGAGCAUCACGCAACAGACUAUGA